UGAACUAACAGAUAGUGUGGCGCCCUGAAAUCACGCGGCAUCCACUUCACGGCUCAUCCGACAGAGUGCGCUGCCUUCGUGCAGUGUGAUGGCGUCACACGGGCUACCGUCAUGGCGGUGCCAGAGGGCACCAUAUGGGACAACGUUGUCAGCACACCUGUCCACCUGCAGGCCGGCAGUUGCGCUCAGAGUCCCUGCACCACGCAAAGAAACAUCAGUGACUGCAGCUCGUGUUUUGGAUACCUGACAUGUAAGAACAACCAGGUUGUCUCCGCUCGCUGCCCGGAUGGCCAGUCUUUCAACAGGACCCGAUCCCAGUGUGCACCGGAUGUAACGUGCGUUAAAGGAGGAAUCGACGCCACUGAAAGGUUAGUGUCCUGUGUCCAAAUCCCAAACACCAACUUGUACAGAAAGACAGCUGUGCUGCUCGGCACUCAGUACAAUGUUGACGUCAGCUGCAGCGCGGGAACCGUCAUGAACACCACCAUGUGCGUUUGCGUCAGCAGUAACGUCAGGAUAUGCCCUAUCACUUUGGGGGAUAUUCAGAAUCUCAGUUUCAACGGUAGGACAUCUGCAUACACCAUGGAAGCCUUGACACCAACGAACUCACUGGUGACUUCACCUUUAAUAUCACUGGCUUAA